CUCCACCUCCACCACCAGCAUCAUCAUUAUACACCAUCAUCAUCCAUCAUCUCCUUCAUCCAUUCCUCCCUCUCCAUUUUCUCUCUCUGUCGGCGAAACAAAAGGAAAAGAAAAGAAAGCUUAAACUCCAUAGUUGGUUCAAGGAAGAAGAAGAGGAAGCAACAAAUCAUCUAAAGUUCUAAAAUCCUGAGUUCAAACACAGCAGCCCACUUCUAGGAACAUCCGGAAGGUAUCGUAGAGAAGGUUCAGCAUUGGAAUGUUGAAGUUAGUGAGUUAAUCGUCGGAAUCGUGUUCAUCGACAUAUUCAAAAUUCUGGACAGCUACUUUCCCUUGACUUCAAGUCCGAUUUACGCUAUCUUACAUAUGUUAAAUCGAAAUACUUUCUAUACGAAAGUUAUAGCCUUACAUCUUAGGAAUCCACAGAAUCAAACGGUUUACAAUUCCGUCAAGAAACAAUGGAGAUAUGCCCAAAAUACCGCAGGCUGUCCAGUUGUGACGGAAAUGACAAAGUUGGCGAAUUUUGAUGUUGUUUCCACUCCCGCUCAUCCGUAAGGUUUCGGCCUAUGAUUUCCAGGUCUGUACCUUUGCGUUAGACAUGUCGAAUCAUUCAUCACAUACAUACAUGAACAUAUAUGUUAUUCCAUAUGUUAAAACCAUUCCAAAAUAUACAUGUGAUACAUAUAUAAGUUAUCUAUAUGUUGAGAUCAAAAUACACCAAAUCCAUAAAGUUAAUAUACAAAUAAGUAAAUAUAAACUUUGGAAAUCAACCCAACAAUAUGUAUAUGUUAAUCAAAGGUGCUUAAAAGACUUAAAGAAGUAUUUUGGACACUCAAAAUAUCAAGAGAAAGAUUCGCAGACCCAAACGGUCGACGCAAACGAUCGACCGUCGCGUUAAACAUCGAAAUGGACCCUGACUGUCAGACAAAUGGUCGACCGCCGGUGGCCAACGGUCGACCGUCGCCUGCCCAGCCGAGAAUCGCCGUCGCCAUCCAGUCAACAACGGUCGACCGCCGGUCAACCACGGUCGACCGUCACGGUUUUCCGCCAGCGCGACGUAAUGAAGGUCGAGGUCAACCAUCGCGCCAAACGGUCAACCGUUCCGAGCCUCGUAGCUUAAUUAAAUGAUAUUUUUAUCAGAUUUCACCCAAAUAAAAUAAACGUGAUGUGCGGGACUUACUAGUCCGACAUCACCCGUUCCGGGCUUAGUGUACGUACAUGGUAUUCAGGUUUCGAGUACCACCCCUAUUUUUCUAGUCUCACCUCAUUCGUGAGACUAAGGCCGCGUGAGUUCGUCGUACCAAAUGGGCGAAUCUCAUAGCGCAAGGGUGUCCUUGCAAGUUAUAGGAUCAUGCAUCAUGUUAUCAUCAUCAAGUACAUUGAUUACAUAGGUGUCAUGUAAUCAUCAUCAAGAACAAAUAUAUUGAUUACAUAGGUUUCAUGUAAUCAUCAUCAAGAACAAUUAUAUCUAUUACAUCAGUGUCAUGUAAUCAUCCUCACGAACAAGCAAAUUGAUUAAAUGUGCCAUCAUUUAAUUAUCAAUAAAUAUUUAUCAUCAUGAAUCAUCAAAUUGAUCAUAUGAUAUAAUGUGCCAUAUCAUGAAUAUUAUUAUACACCUUGUGGACGUAUAUAUAUGUAUAUGUAUAUGUUUGUUAAUUAUUCUAGAAUUCUAGCGUGGUACCACUCAGCGGUUUCGCUGAGCGUGUAGUUUGUAUUUUCCGUUGACUACACGUAGGUAACAAGAGGACAAUGAAGGAACCACUCCCGGAGGGCAUUGAGUCAGAGGAGAUGCAAGGAUGGUAGGCAAAUGUUUGAUCAUCAAAGAUUUUAAAUGUGUCAUGAUUUAAUUAUUAUUGUACUUCCGCAUUACUCUGAAAAUAUUUUUAAAUGGGUCGCGAUCCAGAGUCUGUAAAUUUAAUAUUUAUAAGUAAUUGUCAUUUUCAGAUGUCAAGCGAAAUUUUUAUUUAACUCUCAUUUCACCUUAAUUCGUGUAAUUCCGGGUUAUACGGAUUGGGGUGUUACAUCAAAGGCCGUACCGGUAGGAAAUUUAUUUCCGACGUCCCCCAAAGUAUCCGGGGAUGGAAGGAAAAAUUUGUUUUCAUUGAGUUUCCCCCGUUUGUCACUCCAUUGGCCGGUCUGAAAUGGAACGACCAUCUUCUAAACCAUGAGUAUACCGUGCCGGAUUCCUCUCGUGAUCUUGAAGCGAGUCUCGAGAUCCUUCUUCGAGGCGACCCGUUAAUCGGGAGGAAGUUGCACUACGGGAGCUGGGUCUGGAGGGUCGAAUCGGGUGGUGAGGGUACCUCCCAGGCCCAUGAAGCAGCGGGGCACGGGGUACCCUCCCCGGGCAACACUGCAGAGGCUGAGGGCAACUCCCACCUAGACAUGGAGUUCGAGGAAUUCGCCAUUCCUGACGACCAACCAGCGGGAGAGACCGGCGGUUCUCAAGGUGCUUCCGCCAAAACUUUCACGGUCCAACUAGAGAUCGUGGAAAUCCACGAUGAGGAAGAGCCUGAAGAUGACCGGUCCAAAGGGAAAGGCAAAGAGAAGGCCGAUCGCCGGACCAAGAAGGUGACCACUACCCAUCCCUCUUUCAGCAAGAAGAGGCAAAGAGCGGAUCCUAACACAGCUUCCCAAUCUGUUGAGGAAGCCUUCAUUUACGUCGGUCUGAAACUGAAAGAGGUUGGAAAAAUCGAACCCUUACUGCGGACCGGCUGGGGUUAGGCUCUCCUUCAGAACUUGACCGGCUGAAGAAGAAGAAAGAGGAGAUGGCCCUCAUCUUGAAGAGUCAAGCAGAUGAGCUGAUUAGGCUAUCAGGGCUGGUCGGGGCGAUGAAAGAGGAGAUCUCCCAACUCAAAGAAGAGAAUGGCCGGCUGAUGGACAAGGUGUCUGAAGCCAAGAGGGAUGUGGCGGAGAAGGAAGAAACUUCCCCAAGCGUCAGCCGCCUGGGUUGAAGAAAACAAAGCUGACGCUACCCGGGUGCUCACGGCGACUCCAGAGGCAACCAUGGAAUCCUUCAGGAUGCUGUACCGGGAACCUCAAGGAAAGAAGAUGAUCACUGCGAUUGGAUCGUUUGGAUUCAAGAGCGGUCAGAAGAAGGACCAGAUUGCUUCUCACCGGGUCUUGCUGAGAAGAGACCCAGAUUUCAGCGUUGCCUCCUACGGCCUGGAUCCCAUCCCAGAGGAAGAGCCUACUACCCCCUUCUCCUUAGACUAGGAUCUCCUCGACUGCGCCCGGUUGUUUCAAUUUGUCCCCUUUUAACAACUCUCAAUUUCCCCGGGUAUGCCCGAUGUAUUUUGUAAACAUUUUAGCAUUCAACUUUUAAUGUUUUUAAUGCAUGUUUACUUUUCCACCCGGCCAUAGUGGUUUUCUCUCUGA